GUUAUCUCGUCGAAGUUUCGUUAUGUCGGGCGAGCACACGACAGUGAGCAAGUGUCCCUCCGAAUAUGUUAAACUCAACGUCGGUGGUUCACUCCACUACACCACCAUAGGCACCUUGCAGAAGCAGGAUACUAUGCUCCGCGCUAUGUUUAGCGGCCGCAUGGAGGUUCUUACUGACUCAGAAGGCUGGAUAUUGAUCGAUCGCUGUGGCAAGCAUUUUGGGACAAUCUUGAAUUUUUUGAGGGACGGUUCGGUUCCGUUGCCGGAUAAUACGAGAGACAUGGCGGAACUGCUGGCGGAGGCAAAGUAUUAUUGCAUCAGCGAGCUGGUAGAGUCCUGUGAACAUGCGCUUCUUUACAAAGAUCGGGAAUCAGAACCGAUCUGCAGAGUCCCUCUUAUCGCCUCUCAAAAGGAAGAACAGUUACUCAUAAACAGCACUAAUAAACCUGUGGUCAAACUGCUCAUUAAUAGGCAUAAUAAUAAAUAUUCUUACACAAGUACAUCAGACGAUAAUCUACUUAAAAAUAUAGAAUUAUUUGACAAGAUGUCGCUUAGAUUCAGCGGUAGAGUGUUAUUCAUUAAAGAUGUUAUUGGCUCAACCGAGAUUUGUUGUUGGACGUUUUACGGACACGGUCGUAAGGUGGCUGAAGUCUGCUGCCAUUCAAUCGUCUAUACAACCGAUAAGAAACACACAAAGGUCGAAUUUCCUGAAGCGCGAAUAUACGAGGAAACAUUAAACAUUUUGUUGUACGAACAUAGAAAUUGUCCGGAUCAGGACUUGAUGCAAGCGACGUCUUUGCGCGGUGCGGCAUGCGCGUCCGACGAAGAAGAGGGCGAGCGUUCGGGGUUAGCUCGCCUUCGCUCCAACAAACAAAACCUCAACUGACACAAUGUCGUUCUCAAUCCACCACAUGCCGCGUUCCUCAGCGUUGUGCGCUCUUUCAAGAAACCAAAUUAAAUGAAACAAACCGCGAAGUAUCAAGGACAAUAGUCGUAUGAGUGUGAUUCUAGACUGUCUCUAUCUCUGUGCCGAAUCUCUCGUUUUUUCUCAUUCUGUCGGAAGACGGGGGGGGGGGGAGGGGAGGAAAAAACCAGUUGGAUUUAACUUCGGUCGUACGAUAGGUCAUCUCGAUACAUCACACAUCGCACAAGAUUACACGCUCUGUUUAAUAUAAAAAGAUACGUGUGUCACUUUCCUGAUUUAUAUAAAACGGAAUGACAAAUUUGUGUGUCUUUAAGGUUCUUUCCUUUUAUUGUUCUUGCUAUACAAGCGCGUGUUUGUAAAUAUAUAUUAAUGUACGAUUAAGAAUGGCACUUUAUCGAUUUUGUCUUGUGAAUCGAAAAGAAUGUGUGUAGCGUCUUGCGCGCCUUACUAUUUAUGUGCCAAAUUUGUAUUAAAUCCACGACAGAGAAAUAAGUCCAAGUUGCCAUUCUGUGACUGAUAAAAAAAAAAAAAAAAUUAUUUAUAAAUUUAUACUCUACAAAAGAAAACAACACUUUUAAGCAGUCGUAUAUAGAUUAAUUAAAUUGUUAUAAAAAGAUUUUUGCGCUAAACUAGGACUGCGUUGUUACCUGUUAUAAGUAUUAUUAUCACGAUAUAUUGUAUUAUUUUAUUAUUAUAUCAUCAAUCAUCUUUAUUAUCAUUAUC